UGUCGUUUCUAUUUCGCACGCUCUCGUGCACGACUUUCUCUCUGUACUAUUCGUCGUUCUUUGACUCCUAAUCCUGCUUCUUCCGUCCCUUUCUGCUUUAUGCUCCCUCUCUUCUUCAUUUUGGUUAUCUCCCUCUAGGAUCUCUACUACUCUUCUCUCUCUCACCCUUUAGCGCUCUUCCUCUUCAAAGUCAUCAAUCAUUGAAGUCCAAUUCCUUCUCCUCCUUGCCGUCAGUUUCAACGUUAGCAGCGCUCUCGACAACCCACCAUGAACCUGGUUGCAGGCACCUAUGACCAGGUAGUAUGGGGCUUCAAACUCAAAAUCCACCAUGAAAACGAAACUGAGCAAGCGCUUCUCUCCCCCACCUUCUCCCAUCAUGCCCAACUCUCUCCCAUCAAAGCUCUGAGUGUUUCAGGCCCCAUUGCUGCCUCCUCGUGUUCAGAUGAAACAGUUCGGGUAUUUGACAUAAACCAACGAGCAGAGAUUGGAACCCUAAUCCGUGACAAUGGAGCUGCCUCUUGCCUCGCUUUCUAUGGCUUUAGUCCUAAAAAUUCAUCCAUCAAUUUCCCUGUACAUCUUAUCACUGGUUCAGAGCAGGGUUCCAUCUCCAUUUUCGAUGUCGAAGCUCUGGUUCACUUGAAAUCGAUUCGAGCUCACAAGAAAGGUGUAAAUGACCUAACAAUCCACCCAACUGGUAGGGUUGUACUGUCCAUCGGUAGGGAUUUGCAGUUGUGUAUGAUGAAUUUGAUAAAGGGGAGGAGGAGUUUCGGUUGUAAGUUGCAGAGAGAGGCAUCAUUGAUUAGGUAUGGGUUGGAUGGGAAGACCUUCUUUGUGGCGACUGAGGGGGUGAUUUCUGGCCAUGAUUCAGAGGAUGCGAGGUUGCUUUUUUCCAUGGAGAACUCAAAGAGGGUCAAUUGCAUUGCACCUGCUGAGAAUGGGCUCCUAUUUACCGGUGGAGAAGAUUGUAGUGUGAGAGCAUGGGACCCAAUGACUGGGAAGGUUGCAUUUUCCUUUGAAAAUGCACAUUCGACUCGUCUAAAAGGCCUUGUUGUUUUUGGGGAAAGAGAUGACCAGGGUGAUGAUGCUCCAUACAUCAUGGCAUCUGCAUCGUCGGACGGGGUCAUAAAGGUUUGGGACUUGAGGAUGGCUACAGAGAGGCCGACCCCAUUGGAGGAAGCUUCCAUCAAAUGUCGGCUAACUUGUUUUGGAGGAUCCUAUAUUAGAGCUUCGAGAAAAUCAUCAAAGAGUUAAAAUUUUCCGGAGUGUACACUAUAACUUUGGGGACUCUAUGAGGUGAUAGAUGGGGCCACACAAGAUGGACAGAUGGCUUUUAGUACACCAGAAAUGAUUGAUUGAGGACCUUUAGCCACACUCAUACAUUCUUGGCCCUAAAAAUGAGGAAUCAUGUGCUAAAGCCUAUCACUUGAGGACCUUGCUUCUUUUUUUUUUGCAACAUUGGUGGGCUUUGGAAUGGAUUGGCUGGUCUGAUCAGUUGGAUUGCUGACGUCUAUCUUGACCGGCCUGGUCUAAAUAAAAAAUUGGUUUAAUAAAAAGUAGUCAAAUUAAUGUUUGACUGAUUUUGGCUUAGCCGGAUUUAUUAUUUUGAUUAAUGAAGUUGGGCAAAUUUUUUGUACCAUAUUAUUACAUA